AAGUGCAAUGACACACCCUCCUCACUCAAAUAUUUCUGCAGUCUACAUUUUUUUUUUUUUUGGCUUUCUUUUCUUUUCCCCUCGUAAUUCCUCGUUUCUCCUCUUUCUGAUCUUUAUUUUCUAUUUUAAUCUCUCUUGAAUGCUUUGUCCAAGGGCUGUAGGUGACACGGAACAUUGAAAUUAAAGCGUAGAGUGAAACAGAGUCAUAUCAACAGAGAUUGAUACAUGAGAUAAUAAUACAAAUGGAGUCGAGGUUCACAUGGGUGCUUUUUUCAUGUGUGACAGCUUCUCUUUUUGGGCCAUUAAUGCUCCCCUUUUCUCUCUAGCAACUCAAUAAAUUGCAGAAAUCCCAUCUGGGUUUUUCAGUUUCUUUGAGCUUCUCUUUCUUCUUUUAAUCUAGCAAGCUUUUUCUUUCCUGUGCCCGAUUGGAACAUGCAAGUGAUCCUUUUGGGUUUCUUCCAUUUUGUGUCUGUCUUUUGGUUUUGUUAUUGGUCUCUUGUUGUUUUGAAAGGAAAACCCAUUUUCAAGUGUAUUUCUACCUAUACAAGUUAGAAGUGUUACACUAUUAGGCCUUAUGUUUUUGUAAAAGUCUCUAUUUCAUGUGUUUUAGGUAAUUGGAAAAGAAUCCACCCAGACUUUUAAAUUGCAUGAUCGUCACCUUAUUUGGUUUAUCCUCUUAGUCCUGUUUGGCUGCUUCAAUGCUAUAUUUUUUAAUGAGUUUCAUGUAUUUUUCUUGUUUCCAAAGCAUUUCUGCAUCCCAAAAAACAUUUAAAAAGAAAUGAAAACAGCUCAUUGGUUUCUUAGUUUUUUUACAUCCUUCUCUUCUUCCUUCCAAUGCCAACUUUAUAGAAAUUAAAAAUCCCAUCUUGGUUUCCCAUAUCAAGGCCUAUCUGGCCUUCUCAGUCCCUGAAUUGUGACUGGAACCAUAUCUCAGUUCUUCCAGCUACUGUUUCAAAUGGAGUUUGCUUUGUUCUGCACUAGAAUCAAUGUCCUUAUUCUCCUUCUAUCCCUUUCCUCUCCUUGCAAAUUCAUACAAAGUCCAAUGGAUUUUGGGCCCUUGAACUUCCUUCAAGAAACCAAAUCAGCAUCUCUUGAUUUUGGGAGGAUCUUCUUCAGCUCUCCUUCUGCAGUUCUCAGGCCCCAAUCCCCCAAAGAAAUCUCUCAGCUCCUCAGCUUCGUUGCUUCUUCCUCUCCUUCCUCCUCCUUCAGCAAAGCUACUGUUGCAGCAAGAGGAGCUGGUCACUCCAUCCAUGGCCAGGCCCAAGCACCCAAUGGCAUUGUGGUUGAGAUGGAUUCUCUUCCUCCUUCAAUUGAAAUCCACAAGAAAAGAGAUGGGGAGCCUGGUUUUUCUUAUGUUGAUGUCAGUGGUGGGACCCUUUGGGUGGACCUCUUGAAGGAGAGCCUGCAAGUGGGCCUGACUCCAAGAUCAUGGACAGACUAUCUCUAUCUCACCAUUGGUGGGACCCUCUCUAAUGGUGGGAUCAGUGGCCAGACAUUUAAGUAUGGCCCUCAGAUCAGCAAUGUCCUUCAGUUGGAUGUGGUAACAGGAAAAGGAGAGUUAGUGACCUGUUCACCCAACCAAAGUUCAGAGCUCUUUUAUGCAGUCUUAGGUGGACUAGGCCAGUUUGGCAUAAUCACAAGUGCAAGGAUAAUCCUGCAAGAUGCUCCACAGAAAGUGAAAUGGGUCAGAGCCUUUUAUGAUGAUUUUAAUGUAUUCAUCAAGGACCAAGAACUGUUGGUAUCGAUGGCCGAAAUGGUAGACUAUGUCGAAGGAUUUAUGGUUUUGAAUGAGCAAUCUCUCCACAGCUCCUCUACUGCCUUCCCUUCCCAUCUGGAUUUCAUUCCACAGCUCGAUCCUAGUCGUUCAGACGUCUACUAUUGUAUUGAAUUUGCAGUUCAUCAUCACCAAGAAAAGGAAUCCUGUGUAGAUCAGGUUGUUGAGGAGAUAUCAAGGAAAUUGAGCUUCAUGCCCACACACAUUUAUAGUGUGGAAGUCUCUUACUUUGAUUUCCUCAAUAGGGUUAGAAUGGAAGAGAUAAGUCUAAGGAGAAGAGGAAUGUGGGAUGUGCACCAUCCAUGGCUGAAUAUGUUUGUGCCAAGGUCUGGAAUCAAGCAAUUCAGAGAUUUGCUGUUGGAGAAGAUCUCACCGUCCACUUUUGUGGGCCCCAUUCUCAUAUAUCCAAUGCUUAGAGACAAGUGGGACUCCAACACGUCAGCCGUACUUCCCGAAGGGGGCCCCACAAGCGAGAACGUGAUCUACGUCGUUGGAAUUCUCCAGUCCGCGAACCCUCGCACGUGCCAAACACAAUGCCUGCAGACGAUCCUCGCCCAAAACCGGCGAAUCGUCCGAACCGCCACGUACCCGCCGAUCGGCGCCAAGCAAUACCUGGCCCACUACUCCGAAGAACGACAAUGGCGGGAACAUUUUGGCGGGAAAUGGGAAGGGUUUGUGGGACGGAAAUUCGAAUUCGAUCCCCUCGGCAUCUUGGCUCCUGGUCAGGGAAUCUUCGCGAGGAAGUGCUGCAAAAGCCCAAGCGCCCAAAUCCAUUGACAGAAGAUAGAAAAUGGAUUUUAGAAAAAGAAAAAAGAAAAAGAAAGAAAAGACAAACCAAAUGAUAUGGAGACAUCUUUUACUCUUCUUGAUGGGCUUCUUUUUUUCUUUUUCUUUUUUCUAAUUACUAUUAUUAUUAGUUAUAAGAUUAGUUGAAAUGUAUUGAUGUUAUGAAUUUCGGGUUUAUUAUCUUUACGUAGAA